UCCCUCUUCUCUCAACGGUUCUUCAAAUCUUCUGUUUCAAAUGAUUCCCUCCCAUUCUCAACUGCAUAUAAUCUCUUCUUCUCCAAUCUUCAAUUCCAUCGUAUAGCUAUGGCUAAUCUUCUUCUAUCGGAUUCUUCUUCGAAAGCUUAUAGCCGGAAGCAGAAAUCCCUCGGUCUGCUCUGCUCCAAUUUUUUGAGGUUGUAUGAUCGAGGUGAUGUUCACUCAAUCAGCCUCGACAAUGCCGCCUCUCGGCUAGGUGUUGAGAGGCGACGGAUCUACGACAUUGUCAACGUUUUAGAAAGUGUUGGAAUUCUUUGUAGAAAGGCCAAGAAUCAAUAUAGUUGGAUAGGAUUUUCUGGCAUUCCCAAGGCACUACGGCAACUUAAGGAAGAAGAUAUGAAGGGAAAUAGCUUUGCCAUAGCUGCGUAUGAUCACUCAAGAUUGAUAGAUGAAGAUGAAACAUGUUCAGAUCUCACUUCUGUGAGCCAAGAGUCAAUCCCUAUGAUGUCUAAAUCUUCAGCCUCAGUGAGAUGUGUGGCGUCAGAAAACCGGAGGGAAAAAUCUCUUGCACUUCUUACGCAGAAUUUUGUCAAGCUCUUUGUCUGUUCUAACGCACAUCUGAUUUCACUCGAUGAAGCGGCAAAAUUACUGCUAGGCGAUGCACAAAGUGAAUCCGUAAUGAGAAGCAAAAUCAGACGCCUUUACGAUAUUGCAAAUGUGUUGGCUGCAAUUCAUCUUAUUGAAAAGACGCAAACCGUUGAUACCAGAAAGCCUGCAUUCAGGUGGUUAGGAUUUAGAGGUAAAGUUGAGAAUUGUCGUGCAGGCAAGCCAAUUCCAUGUGGUUCAAAGAAAAGGACUUUUGGAACCGAUAUAACUAAUAUCAACUUGAAGAGAAACAAAGUGGUCAAUUCAUUUGAUCUGAAUAAGAGCCCCAAUUCCCAGAAACAUAUGCAUGUGCAUCUUGAGGGUUGUAGAGUUGAAGUAGAUUUGAACCAAAGUGGCAAAUUUGAGCGCCAUCCAAAUUCUAAGAGCUUCAUAUUUGGACCCUUUUCUCCCAUUGCUAGAUUGGAAGUUAGAGCUUCUAAAAAUGACGUGAAACGGUUUCGUCAUAACUGGGUGAGCCUUGCCUCAACUUAUCAUCCUCAGUAUCAGAACCAAGCUUUAAGAGAAUUAUUCUCUCAUUACAAGGAUGCCUGGAAGUUAUGGUACUCUGAAACUGUGAACAGAUCAUCAAUACAAAUUCCUGAGGCAUAAAUCUUGUCACCCAACAUCGAUCAACCAACUAUAGCAUUGAAGUCAUCCUUUUGAUGAUUGGUUUUUUUUGUAGCUUGGGAUCCUUGUCAACCAACAUCUAUCAAGUAUAGUAUUCAAGUCGUUCUUUUGUUGAACUGAAUUUUGGAGCAUAGGGUUCUUGUAUGAUGCAGUGCACAGCUUGGCUGUGUCAACUCCGAUCUCUGGAGGCCAUCUACCAUCACAAGAUACCGCCUAGGAACCCCUAAUGACUUGGAAAGUCUGUGUGGUUGAUCAAGCUGAGCUUUCGAAUAGCUAGUUUUUCUACGAAUAUGUAGUUUAUUGUCUGUAUUUUGCAUAAUUGAAUCAAUGUAAGCCAAUUUCAAACAGAUCUCAGUUAAUAGAAGUCUCCAACUUUUGAUGCCUCCA